AUGCAUCACACCAAAAUAUUCCACAUGUACGGAAACAUCGGCAUCUCCACAUGGAUGAAACCAAUGCUGACUGUAGUGAGCUGCUCCAGACAGUAUGAAGAGGGUCAUCCUCAGGCUGUCCUGACCCUGCAGUCUGCCUGGGCACAGAUAUUCCCAGGAGAGACAGUCACCCUGAGCUGUGAGGUGGAGGGGGGCUCUGCUGACUGGAGGUUUAAACAAUACCGAAAGGGUCAAGAACAGGCAGUGUGCCAGAAACCCUCACCCAGUAUGGGGAACAGUGUCGGCUGCACAAUCAGUACCCCCCAGUAUCACCACAGUGGAGUGUACUGGUGUGAGUCUGCAUCAGGACAGGAGCGCAGUAAUACUAUCAACCUAACUGUGUCCAAUCAAUGGGUGAUCCUGCAGACUCCUCCCCAGCCUGUGAUUGAGGGAGACGUUCUGACUCUGAGGUGUCGUGUCCGGGGUUAUACAGCUACCAGGGUUGUCUUUUAUAAAGAUAAUAAAGAGUUACAAUCCAGGGCAGAUGCAGCGCUGAGUGUGGAUCGUGUUUCAAAGAGUGACGAGGGGUCCUACAAGUGCAAAGCAUGGCGGUUGUACUCUCCUUACUCUGAGCUGCCGAAGGCUGUGCUGACCAGCAGUCCUCAAUGGGGAGAGCUGUACACUGGAGAGACUGUCACCCUGAGCUGUGGGGUUGAGGGGGGUUUCACUGGCUUCCAAUAUCUCUGGUACAAGAGCAGUCAAGGAGGCACAGUGCAGAUCAGAGGCACCACUGGAGCCAGUUACACACUCAGCCCUGUCACUCAGUCUCAUAGUGGACAGUACCAGUGUGAGGCACAAAGAGGAGAUCCACCACGUUCCUCUCAGCGCAGUGAUCCUGUUAUACUGACUGUGUCUGAGGGACAACCAAAGCCUGCACUGACCCGGGAGCCUACAGGAGAGAUAUUUGAAGGAGACACGGUCACCCUGAGCUGUGUGGUUGAGGGGGGCUCUGGUGGCUGGAGAUAUCUCUGGUACAAAGACAGGCAGGGAGCUCCAGUGUACCAGACUGACAGCAGCAGUGGAACUGGAGCCGGAUACACAAUCAGUGCUGCUGCUCUGUCCCACAGUGGAGAGUACUGGUGUGGAGCUGGACGGGGCAGGAACACGUCUUACUCACAAUACAGCCAUCCCAUCUGGGUAAAUGUAACUGCUCUGUUCUCCAGGGUGACUCUGACAGCAUCUCCAGGAGCCACAGUGAAGGAGGGAGAGGCUCUUAACCUGACCUGUGAGGCAGCAGUGAACAAACCCCCCCGCCCUCAACUCCACUACACCAUUGUGAGAGACGGGGAGCCUGUGACUAACAGCACUGACUCUGCACUGUACAGCAUAGCCAGCACUGAGAAGAGCCACACUGGGAGCUACACGUGUGCUGUGGAGUCACAGGGAGUGAAGAAGAGCAGCCAGGAGCUACACAUUGAAGUGCAAACGUCCUGGCACAGCGCUGUUGCUAUUGGCUACAGAGUGAGCUUCACUUUGAUUCAUUUCAUUGUGUUCACUCUGCUGCUCCUUCAAUACUGCAGGAUCCAAGGUUCCCCGUGUCUCGCUGGUGGUAAGUCAAGGAAAACCUCGGAUCAGGAUCAGGAGCAGUCAGCAGAGGGGAUUGAGCUCUCCAGCCGUGUGCAGCACACUGGAGUGGAACUGGAAUAGUGCUGCAUUACCAUAGACUGGAGUGGAACUGGAAUAGUGCUGCAUUACCAGAGACUGGAGUGGAACUGGAAUAGUGCUGCAUUACCAGAGACUGGAGUGG